UAGCUUCACAUCCAUGCAAACUGCUUACAAUUUUGCGGCUUCAAUCAUUUCAAUAGCAAUAACCAUAAGCAAAACCUGUCGUCCCUCUACCACUACCCUUGAAAAUUAAUCACAGAAGAUGAAAAGUAUGCUAUAUUUUUGCACCAGCCACAAUGAAAUUUCAUUGCUCACCAAAGUAGGCAACCGUUUACUAAAGAAAAUAAGAAACAAGAAGGUUGACCGGGACCUGCGAUUUAUGCAUCUCCUCUUGUUGUUAGAUAGGUGGUCAACUCUCGUAGGCAAACUAAAAUGCAAACGCAAUAAUCUUUAGAAGCAACAAUCAUGUAUGGAAUUUUCAUUAAAGCUAAAGCUGAUGUAAACGUAAAAGUCACAAACCCGAAUCAAUGUAAAUUUAGCUAAAUUAUACACACAAAAAUGACAAAAAAAUGUUUUAUGACAAUAUUUAUACGCUGGUGUUUGAGCUAAUCUAUACUCAUACUUAGGACUAACUAACUUAAACCUAUAAUUACUGAAGCACGCGUCUAGAACCUGCAGGACUAAAAUUAUUAGCAACUUGCGACCACUUGUUGAUGUCUCCAAUGAAAUUUAGUAAAAGAUCAAUAGACAGUGAGAUAUAUUUGGCCGAGUCUUUCCAAAGAAACAAGCUUAGAGGGUUGGCUUACCAAAUCGAAAUGUAUCUUGUAGAUAACCAUAGAUCGAGAAAACCAGAUUAUCUACAACUAAGAACUAUUUAUGUUUGAAUCAAAAUGUUACUGUGUUUCUAUUAGUUUGUGUAUUCUAUCUUAAAAGAACCCUAUUAAAAUAUAUAAGAACACCAAGAAAAUGAAGAUAUUUUUGUCACAAUGAAUUCUUACAAUUCAAUUCGAUCCAAAUUCAUGGAAAUGCAAACUUUUUGGGUAUGUAAAUGCACACUUUUUCAUCAGAAUUAGGGGUAAACAUAUUAUGUAUCUAUUAAAUUAUGUUGAAAACAAACCCAACUCCGAAACAAAAUAGAAAUGAAAUGUUAGUGCAAAAUAAAUGUGUAAAAUAAAUACAUGGAUUUGCUUUUAAGUUGGCGGGCAUGACAUUGUCAAACAUUCAGUGCCCUUGAAGUGAACACAUAUUCAGUUCAAUCGACCCAAUCGACUUGCAACAUAGCCCAGAACCCCUUAAGAUACAAACACAUUCGAGAUGCCGCCGUGCACUUUGCGCCAGAGAGGUAUGGCCUAUAUACCGCGUCGCGACAAAAAUCGGGAGAAGGAUGUAUUGGCCCCUAAGCCAGUGCAUCCGCGCUCCUUGCGCUUUCAUGGAUUCUUCGGCAUGUCGUAUGUCCACCAACAUGUGAUGGUCGAUGAGCGAUGGACCCCCAACUCGUUGACCGAACAGUUCAAGGGAAUGACCGACUUGUUGACGCGCCGACUGGUGUUCAAGAAUCACGAGUCGAAGGCCAAUCGCCAGAGGUAUUUUCGCGAGAACAAGCGUCUGAAACUGCAAUGUCGCGACGGCCGAACGAAAUUGCAGAAUAUUCUGGUCAACGACAACACCCACAAGAUUCGCAACUUUCUCAUCAACCACAAGGAUAUGCAGCGUCUAUACCAGAAGAUGCCAAUUCACCUUGUGGUGGACAACAUCAACCAACGAACCUUUGUGAUGAGGAAGGAGCGGGAUCGCCUGGAGUUUCGUCUAGAUCAGUUAAAGCAGCACUACAAGGAACAGCUGCUGCGGCGCGCACUUUUGCAGAAUCGCAUCAAGUAUCAAAACGAAUUUAUUCUUGACGAGGAGCUCAAGUCACGGGUGUUCCUCAAGAAGAUCGAGAACUCGAAUGUGCGCCUAAAGGCCAUCAAGACCAUCAACAAUACGUAUAAGAAGAUGAUUCAGGUGCUGGUCCAUGACGAGAUAUUUUACGAGCCCAUUUUGCGGUCGCUCAGCAGUGACAUGGACGACCAGUCGAAUUUCAUCAAGCACAUCCUGUUCCUGGGCAUGCCGGCCAUAGCGAAGUUCAAGGAGCUAAACGAUGAGUUCAGGAACAUGGAGGACAAGUCCCGCAAGAAUCUGCAGGCCAAACUGCAAAUGCUGGCCUCUUUAAAGAAGCCUGGGGGCACAUCGAUCGUUAAUUUCAACAAGCCCAAGGAGGCGCCUCCGACCACGAAUCUGAAGCGGUAUGUUCGCGAGACCCAGAGUAUGAUGAUCUUAAAACUAGAGCUCAAGGCUGUGGAGAAGACUAUCAAAGAGGUCAAGUUUGUGACUCUGUGUUCCCAGGCUAAGGAAAUCUAUCCACGAAUGAAGAGUCAGGUGGACAACAACGACAAGCUGCAUCGCAUGAUUGUCAACGAUAUGUUGGCUCACGAAAUGCUGGAAACUAAGAUGAAGUGCGCCAGUGUUUUGAAGGGGGUGCUGGUAAACAAUCUGUCAGAGGAAGAGAUCAAUCGUCUGGAGCGCAUUAAGGACCUGAAGAAAACGUUGCAGAAAGAUGUUCAAUUCGAACAGGAUACUCUGCAGCAUCUUAAAAAUAGAGCUGAUGCAUAUGUUAUGCUACGAGUGAGCAUUUGGAAUCUGUUGGAAAUUCUCCGCCAUGUUGAUCGCCAGCCCAAAUUGCUACGUGCCCAGUAUCCCAACUCGUACUUGAAGCUGCCGCUGCUCAAGUUUGAAAUGCUGAACAUGAGGGCCGCUGCUCCGGAGAUUUUCGAGGAAAACAUUGACAACAUAAUGCAUAUGGUGAAGCGCAAGAUCUACAAGCUGAUGAAGGCCUAUACAGUGGAGCUGAAACCGGCAACCAUCAAGCGAAAUUGCGAGGAGUACCAUGCCGAUUUCUUGGCCAGCCUGGACAUGUACGAGCCCGUGGACACCGAAGAGCAGGCGCCAACAGCUCCCGAGGACGAUAUCCUGCAGGAGAACAAGACCAUGGCGAAUGUGCCCAAUCGCAAACAGAUCAAGGCCCAAAGUGCCAAGCUCGUCGAGGAGCUGGCCAAGCGGGAGGAAAUGUGAAUGAUUCGAUUCGAUAAGUAUUUGUGUUAAAGCUACCUUAAAUUUUGAGUGAAUUAAAUUCUGCACGUUAAAAAACAA